GUGACGUUUAGGGAGUCAACCAGAGUACAACUUCCUGUUUAGGUUCUCAGCGGCUAUGAACGAAGGGGACUCGAUGAACUGUCCUUCUUUGUACGUUUUUAGUUAAUUUUUUGACAUUUUUGUGUUAAUAAGUUGACGUGAACAACAUACAAGAUGUCGGAAACGGGGAACAGACUGCGGAAGUUGCUCGAAUCGCCCAAUUUUGACCCGCAGAAUUACGUCAAGCAGCUGUCCCAGCAGUCCGAUGGCGACAGGGACCUGCAGGAGCACCGUCAGAAAAUCCAAAACCUGGCCGACGAAACGGCUCAAAACCUGAAGAAAAAUGUCUACAAGAACUACAGACAGUUUAUUGAAACGGCCAAAGAGAUUUCAUACCUGGAGAGUGAGAUGUACCAGCUGAGCCACAUCCUGACGGAGCAGAAGAGCAUCAUGGAGAGCAUCACUCAGGCCCUGCUGUCCACAGACAAAGAUGAGACCUCCAAAGAGAUGCAGGCUGCUUUCCCUAAAGAAACAGAGGAGGUGAAGCAGAGGACGCUCACUUCACUGCUGGAGAAAGUGGAGGGAGGUAAAAACAUCAUGGACACCCCAGGGAGACACUUAGUCUACAAUGGGGACCUUGUGGAGUUUGAUGUGGAUAACAUGUCCCAGAUCCAGAAGGUGCACGCUUUCCUCAUGAACGACUGCCUGUUGAUCUCCACCUGGCUGCCAAACCGCAGAGGAGCUGUGAAGUACAAAUACAACGCUCUGUAUGAUCUGGAGAGCUUCGCCGUGGUCAACGUGAAGGACAACCCCCCCAUGAAGGACAUGUUCAAGAUCCUCAUGUUCCCAGACAGCCGCAUCUUCCAGGCGGAGAACAGCAAAAUCAAGAAAGAGUGGCUGGAGAUCUUAGAUGAGACCAAGAAGAACAAAGCCUCCAAAGACAAGCACACGAAAGAAGAGGUGGUCCCCACUUCUCCUGUCAGAGCAGAGGUGUCCACAAACCCUUUCGACGUGGACGAUGACGAGCCGGCAGGCGCUGAGGAAAACGUGGACCUCAGCAUGGAGUGGAUCCAGGAGCUGCCGGAGGAUCUGGAUGUCUGUAUCGCUCAAAGAGACUUUGAGGGUGCUGUGGACCUGCUGGACAAGCUAAAUGAGUACCUCAAAGACCAGCCGGUCACACCGAGGGUGAAAGAGCUGAGGGCAAAGGUGGAUGAGCGUGUGAGGCAGCUGACGGAGGUUCUGGUGUUCGAGUUGUCCCCGGAUCGGUCACUUCGAGGGGGACCCAAGGCCACAAGGAGGGCUGUGUCGCAGCUGAUCAGACUAGGUCCUACUUUAUUAUUUUGCUUUAAUUUGGUGAUAAUCACAAAGUUAAAUGCCAGAUUUCGUUUGUCGUGAAGUAUUUCUGUACAUUUCAUCACAGGCUGCAGAUCUUAAAAAAUCAUCCAGACUUUUUCAAGAGUUUAUGUCACUUCCUUUAUUCUUUUCUCUAAAUUUUUCUGUAAACGUUUCAUCAUCAAAUUCCUUCAGGUACAAUAUUUAACUAGAAAAUAUCAGUCUCCAAAAUGAUACCCAGGCGAUAUCCAUUCUUUCUACCACAUUACAGUGUCUGCAGUAUGUUUCAUUAUUUUUCCGUGUGUUUCAGGCCAGUCCACCAAAGCCUGUGAGCUAUUCCUGAAGAACCGAGCGGCCGCGGUCCAAACAGCCAUACGUCAGCUCCGAAUAGAAGGUGCAACUCUGCUCUACAUCCACAAACUCUGCAACAUCUUCUUCACCAGCCUGCUGGAGACUGCCAAAGAGUUCGAGAUGGACUUUGCAGGAAACACGGGCUGCUACUCCGCCUUCGUGGUCUGGUCCAGAUCAGCCAUGAGGAUGUUUGUGGAUGCUUUUAGCAAGCAGGUGGGUGGAGGUCAAGACCUAUGAGGCCAGACUGAGGAGAAAAAGCCUGUUAUAAAUGGGACGUCUUCGACUUUGCAAGAUUUUACAGUAGCUACUGGUUUGCACCUGUUUAGUAUGAAUGUGCAGUUUUUGAGUGGGCAGAUACUCAACACUUUCAGAAUGAUGUUCCUCUGUGUAAAGAAUUUGAGGAUUUAGUUUAGAUUUCAUCAUCCUAUAGAUAGAUAGAUAGAUAGAUAGAUAGAUAGAUAGAUAGAUAGAUAGAUAGAUAGAUAGACGACUUUAUUAAUCUCCAAAGGGAAAUUAAGUUGUUGUACCAGUCCAGCACAAUACAAUUACAUGAAAUACUAAAAAGACAACAGAAUGAAAAAAAAACACAACAACAGCAUAUAAACAAUAUAUACACAUGAAACCUUCAAUAUAAUUCUUAUGUAUAAUGAAUCUUAAAUAGAAUACUUAAAAAUAGAAUACUUGGUAUGGACUUACAGUACAUAAUAUCGUUAACACAUUGAGAAAAUCUGGAGAAAUCUCUGUAAAAAAAAAAAGGCGACAAAGGCCAAAAACCAACACUGGAAGGCCGGGAUUUUUAGGCCCUAAGACAGCAUUGUAUUCAAAACAGACAUAACUCUGUAGUGCAAAUCACCGCAUAGGCUCAAAAUCACCCCAAAACCCUUAAUCUGUGAAGAUAAUUCUUUGCCAGAAAACAAUAUUAGAGACAGGUUUUAGACCAGAUGAUGCCUUUUUCAAGGAAGAGCUAGAAUAUUUUAGCUACACAAUACAAGACCACAUUCUGUUAGUAUCUCAACAGCAUUGGCUCAGUAGUAGAAGAGUCCAGGUGCUUUACUGGCCUGCCUUUGGUCCUGACUUGUCACUUACUGAAAAUGAGAAAAUAAAGGCGAUCCGAAACUUUGAGCAGCUUGAAGUCGUAUAUCAAGCUCAAAUUGACCAACAUUUACUUUUCCUCCCAGAAAAAAAGUUUUAAAAAUCUCAAAUUAAAUGGUGCGCUUUUCUUCUCCAGGUAUUUGACAGUAAGGAGAGCCUGUCCACAGCUGCAGAGUGUGUGAAAGUGGCUAAGGAGCACUGUCAACAGCUGACAGAGAUCGGCCUGGACCUGACCUUCACUCUGCAGUCGCUGCUGGUCAAAGACAUCAAGGCGGCUCUGCUCAGCUACAAAGACAUCAUCAUGGAGGCCACCAAGCACCGGAACUCAGAGGAGAUGUGGAGGAGGAUGAACCUCAUGACCCCCGAGGCUCUGGCUAAACUCAAAGUAUGUUUCAGUCUUCAAUUGGUUUUCAUGAUUGAUCUUUUCUCUGGAGGUUUAUGUGUUAAAACAUUACUGAGUGUAUCUUUCUCUCUGCAGGAUGAGAUGCGUAGCUGUGGCAUGGGCAGCUUCGAGCAGUACACGGGCGAUGACUGCUGGGUGAACCUAAGCUACACAGUCGUGGCCUUCACCAAGCAGAUGAUGAGCUUCCUGGAGGAGGGCUUGAAGCUCUACUUCCCCGAGCUGCACAUGGUGUUAUUGGAGAGCCUGAGGGAGAUCAUCCUAGUGGCCGUGCAGCACGUGGACUACAGCCUGCGCUGCGAGCAGGACCCUGAGAAGAAGACCUUCAUCAUGCAGAACGCCACCUUCCUUCACGACACCGUGCUCCCUGUGGUGGAGCGGAGGUUCGAGGAAGGGGUAGGGAAGCCCGCCAAACAGCUACAGGACCUGAGGAAGAGCACCAGACCUGUCAGGGUCAACCCGGAGAGCACCACAUCUCUGGUCUGAGACUAAUAAGGAACUUUAAUUACUAAAAAGUAAAAGACUGAUUUACACGGAAAUGUCCUUUAGAUGGCUGUUCUGGAAAUUUCAACCCUGAUUAGGAAAUAAUUGCUGGAUUUUUGGGACAAGAAAUUACAGGAUGCAUCACACAAAGCUGAAGCUGCUGUGCACCAACGCAACAAAUAUAGUCCCACAAAAUGAUCAGAUACCUCCAUUACUGUCUGUCAUAUUUACUCUUGAGGACAGAAUAGUAAAAAGAAAAAAAAGGAAGUGCAUUUUGUGCACAGAUUUGUGCAAUAAAUUACUGAUUUUAAAAACACAUUUCAGACAGGUAAUUUGUCAUCAGACAGAAAAUGUAUCAUUUAGUUUUUUGUACAUGUGAGCCUGUUCUCUUGGAGAUUUCUUUUAGAGAUGAACGUGUCAGACUUACUGAAAUCUUAUCAAAAUCAAACUGUGGAUGAAACAUGAAAAUGACUCAUUAUGCUGUGUGAAAGUCUGGAGGCUCACUGCAAAAAACUCAAAUCCAGCCAAGUUUAUUUGUUUAAUGUCUUGCCAGAAAAAAACAUCAUUACACUUAAAACAUCUGACAAGUCCAGAUAUAAAUCCUAUUUCUUGUUGUGAUACCCCAAAUAUCUGGACUCGAGUCAAAGUGGCUGCUGAUGCAGUGAGCAAGCUUUUCCUGAUAAGUCACUACAUCUUGUCUUGAAAAGCUAUUUCUAUCCAGGCUUGUCAGGCUAAUGUGGCUCAUUUAAGUGCAAUGAUUUAUUUGGGCUUCUGGAUGAACUCUGAGUUUUUACACUGUGUUGAUAUAUGAUAUUCAAUUCAAACACACAGCUGUGAUUCUGCAGCCACACACACUAAACUAAACUAGUACUGAACUAGUGAUUAAAAGGGAUGACUGAGAUGCAAAUGCACUUGUUAAUGUUCACUGCUGUUAUAGUGAAUGAUGAUGUUUUAGAAAACACAUGAAUCUAAUAAAGAUUGUUAUGGACCAGAGAAAUGUUGCUG